UUUGUCUAUCUUUUUAAUAAAUACAUGUUUUAAUUAAUUUUCAUUAAUUUAUUUAAAAUCCUAAUUUUUAACCUAUGGAACCUAAAAAUAUUUCUUCUGUGUUAAUAUGUGGAGAAUAUCAGCUCAAUAAAAAUUUAUUAUUAAAGUUUGCUUUGCACUGGGCUGAGAACGGUUACAACAUUUUAUAUAUUUCCAAUGCUCCUAUUUCCUCCAUACCAAAUAUGCUGAAAAAGAAUUUAGUCAAGGAGACCAUGAAGCGAAUAAUUUUCAUUGAAAUCAAAAAAGCCAUUGACAAGUUUUCAAAAUGCUACUUUAGACACAUCCAAGCCUAUGAUCCUAAAGGAGAAUGUGACAAUGAACGCAGACUGAUAGGACGCCAUGAAACCAGUUCCAUCCAUGAUUUCAGUGCUGAUGUCGGCAGUAUGAGGUAGAAUAACGGUACAACAUUCGUGGUAAUCUUAGUUUUGUUGGAAAAUUCAAAAACGGACAGUACAUCAUCAUUUUAUAUCAGUGUACAAAUGAACAGUGUGAUCCUGUAACUGGCUAACGAGGCAGCUCAAGGUGUUGAUGCUGGUCGCUCGUACUUUCCUGAGGAUUUUGAAUUUCAUGUGCCUAUGACUUAUAAGAAUGCCUUAAGAGGAACCUUACAACCACUAAUUGGACAAAGUCUUUUUGAUAGAAAGGACAAAAUUAUCCUGUUUGAUGAACUUUCAGAACGUGUAUCAUCAACCAAACAACGAAAACUUUGUGUGCAACAUCGUAAUUUUAGCAAAAAAAUAGAUUUGUUUUCGCAAUUUUCGAAAUGUUUUGACUGAUUCCAAAAGAUUUUAGGACGCUGAUUUCAAAAAUGCUAUCCGUUUUUGGAUAAACCCACAU